GGGCCCUGACCGCAUGGAGCGGGGCGCGCUGGCCGGACUGAGGCGGCGGCCUGCGGAGGAGGAGCGGGGCGGCCCCCGGGACGCGAAACGGGCAUGUAGGAGCAUGGAAGCUGGUCCUGGGGAGGAUGCUGCCCCGGGGCAAAAUGAACUGCCCCAGGGGUGCUGGAUUACGGACUGGGGCUCGGAAUCCAAGGGCUUCGUUGCACAGGAGAGCCUGCCUGGGAAUAUCCAAGGCAGACAGAGCUCAGUGAUUUCUGCCAACAACGGAAGGCGUCCCCACCAGCCUUGCUCACGAUGCCUCGCUGGCCAGUCUGUAAGUGCCUUCACCUCCGAGCUGUGACAUCAAAGAUAGGCUUGUUCCUAAAUAUUAGAUCCAUAAAGCAAAGUUCAUCAAAACCACAAUUCCGUUUCCCAGGAAUGAGGAGUGUAAAUAAAGGGAAGAAGGUUGACGGAGCCGAUCUGGAGCUAGGCACCAACUCCGGGGCGUCUGGCUACGGCUCAGGAAGAGAAGUCACAGACGUGUCUGGAAGGUCUCCUAGAAAGCUCAGUUGGGAAAGUAGCCAGCCCUUUGUGGAGAGAAAAAUGCCCCUUUCCCAGCUGCCCUGAGAGCUGGCUGAAAACAUGGGACUUUGAAGACAGUGUCGCAGAGGAAAGGACCUAACCGUCUUCCUUAAGGUUAUAGUUACAUAAUAGACAACUGCUUAUAAAAUACAGGCAUAUGUAUACAUACGAGCGCAUUUACACACACGUAGAUAUGCACACAUGCACAGACGUGUAUGUAGGGACACACACAUCAACAUGUAUGUUCAGAGGAGCCAUGAUGCUUCUUUGCUUCCAUCUCUCCAAACUUCUCUCCUUUCUCCUCUUCCCCUCCCCCCAAAGAAGUCAGAUAAGCCCCAGGUUUGGCCGGGAAGAACAAUGGCCUGAGCCCUUUGCUCUGUCAAGGCAGCUGCAGUUCACAAGUGCUUGCACCCUGAAGAGUUCACUUCUCUCCAGCACUUGGAGGAUCUCAAAGCACCUUCUGGGCAGGGGCCUGGCGAGGCAGAGAACACCAGUCAUUUUGCCUCCUUUGACUGAGGAAGACACUGAGGUUCAGGAGACGAAGGGGCUUGUGUGUGUGUGUGUGCACUCAGGCGGUUGCUUGUGGUUUAGAGGGAAUUCAGACCCGGGGCUCUGGACGGAGAGUUCAUCUCUCGUCCCCCCUGCCCCGUGCCUCAACAUAAGGACGGGAGUCUCCCCGGCCCACUUGUGCAAUGCUGUUAUUGUUGAUGUUUUCAAAUGGCCUUUAAAGCAAGUUUGUGUGUGUGUGUGUGUGUGUGUGUGUGUGUACACAUGUGUGUAUACAUACAUGUACAUAUAUGUGUAUAUAAAAAGUACACAUACGUGCAUAUUACGGAUUCGUGUAUAUCCACACACACUAUGUCUGUCUGUGGAGGAGCAGGCUUGUGAUUUUAUUAUUAUUGGGAACUCCCACGAGCAUCUUGAAGCUCCCCACCCAAGGCACGUCUCCCUUGUCUACAACUCAGAGCCUUCGAGAACUCCCGGGAUCCUCCCAGGAUCCUCCCAGGCUCGGGGACUGGCUCAGUUAUUUAACCAGGGAGGGCCAGGGGCAGGAUUUGAAGCCAGGGCUGCCUUCUUAAAGGAGCAGCACUUUCCCCUCGGGGGCCCGCUGCCUCUGCAAGUUCAUGUUCCUUCAGUGAGCCGCAAUAGCCUUUGCACAGCCCGUUGUUAAGCUCCUACUGUGUGCUAGAUGCUCCCACUUAGUCCUGUGGCUACCGAGAAAGAACCAGUUGUCUGCCCUCAAGAGGCUCAUAUCCUUUUCCCCUUUGCUGUUGAAGCGAAUGCCUUCCUACUGGGGUAAAAUCAGCCUUAACCCCAGGCAUGCAGAAAGGGACCGAGAGCUGGAAUGGACCUUGGAGGCCUCUAGACCAGCUGCCCCAUUGUACAGAUGAGGACAAUGAGGCCCAAAGAAGUGAUCUGCCCAAAGUCAUAGCGGUAUACUGAGUUGGAACUCGGGUCCUCUGAUUCAAAUGCUCUUCUCACCUAGAAAACAAGGUUUUUGUUUUGCUUUUAAAAGAUUCUCCCUCAAAAUUCUCAGCCCCAGAGAAAGAGUGUUUUUCUGGUUUUGACUGGCAGAGGAGUGUCAGCAUAUUACUUACGCUAAUCAGUUAACACCUUUUGUGUCCUCUUGCUUCCUCAAAAAGACAGGUCAUUUCAAGGAAUGGCCUGAGGAAAAAGGUUUUCCAUCUAAGGCCUAGUGACCCCUAGUGACAGCUGUCACCCUGCUAAACCUCUGGCCCCCUCAGCUGAGAAGGGACAUUCUGCACCUUGGCAAGAAAUAAGCUCAGGCUAGACGCUGUCUGGCAAAAGCAAUGGUUUCUUCUUCUUUGGAGGCCCCCUCCUGGUUGGAGGCUGCUUCCUCUGCAGCCCCUCCCAGCUGGGGCAGCUGGAGGAGGAGCUGAGGACAGGCUCCCACUGCCUUGGGAUUGGGGUUAGCCAGACUCAGCUGGGUCCUGUGGUGGGAAGGGAAGUGAGGAGCCACAGGGAACCUCCUGGCUGUGCCAAGUAACCUUCGCUCCACCCAAUCCAGCAAACAUUUAUUGAGCACCUACUCUGUGUCAGGCGUAGAAGGUUCCAAGGAAAGAAAGAUCCCUGCCCACCUUCCCAUCUCCACCUCUACCUUUGAAAUGCCCUGGAAUAGUUUCUCUUAAAAAUAGGGGACUUAGACUUUGUGCGCCCCAUCCUCUUAGGACAAGUAGAAACAUGUUCUUUUGUUUUUGUUUUUGUAAUUUUUGGCUGGGCAAUGGGGUUAAGUGACUUACCCAGGGUCACACAGCUAGUG